CUACCAAAAAAACUAACUCAGUCCCCGGCUUCCUCUCUAGAUCUCCACCCCCACCCCCACCCCCACCCUCUCUCUCAUCACCUUCAUAGCCAUGAAGGUGAUAACCCUAAUCCUCAUCAUAGCCAUGACCAUGGCACUAUCCAUCGCUGUCACCAUCAAAAGCACCAUGGACGAGGAAGAGAAACCGUAUUUCGAUCCGAUCGAAAGUACUACUCCAACCACCUCCUCGUCGCCAGACGAGCCCUUCCCGUUGCAGGAAAACGCGAGGAUGCCCUCGAAAAGGGUGAGUCGAUUCCUAGUUGAACAGAGCACUGCUCCCGCGCGAACAUACGCCUACAACGUGUGCCAGAAGAACCAGAUUAAUUGCGUUUCCGUAAGUACAUCAGGGCAUACCAAGAACUCCACGUGCUGCAACCUGAAGUGCGUGCACUUACAGUCCGACCGCAGAAACUGCGGUUUGUGCGGUUUCGUGUGCCCGUUCCCUAAAGUUUGCUGCGGGGGAGUGUGCGUGAACAUAGCUACCGACGUGAACCAUUGCGGGCUGUGCCACAAUGUGUGUGGCCAGCGUCUGGCUUGCCUAUAUUCGAUGUGUAAUUACGCUUGAGGGGUAAUUUGGUCAUGAGAGAAUUGGUAAAUUAUGUGUUGUUAAUUAAUAUUCAUACAGUGUUUUAAUAAAAUGCCACGUUUGUGUGGUAUAUAUACUAUCUGUAAGAUUACUUAUCAAAAAAAAAAUGCUAUCUGUAAGAUUUAUUUUUGCUUUGUAUCGAUAGAUCCGCUCGCAGGGAUUUUUUCGCAAAAGUAUAUACAAGUGUGUGUGUGUCUAUAUAUAUAUAUAUAUAUAUAUGAGAUUGGGGGACAUAUAUGGAAUUAAAGUACGCGUUUAUAUGUGA